UAAAGAAGAUAUAUAUUAAUAAUGUAUAUUAGGACUAUUAUUGAGCAACUAAUUAAGCUGAGGAUUAUACAAUAAUCAAGGGAGCUAAGGUUAAUAUUCAUGGGAGAGGGCAAAGUUGUGGUGUUCAUUGUUGUGGGUUUCCUAGGUUUGGCAGCUGCUGCUCUUGCUUUUGCUGCUGAAGCCACUAAGAUUAAGGAAUCGGAUAUUAAUAUAACGGAAUUGAAUACAUGUGAAUACCCAAGCUCUCCAGCAAACAUACUUGGAUACACAGCAGCUUUGCUAACAUUUAUCGCUCAAAUUACUGUUAGUGUUGUAGCUCGUUGUGCUUGUUGGCCAAGCGAUUCCAACAGUCAAUCCCCUGGAGUAACCUUUGCUUUCAUUUUAUCCUGGGUUGGUUCUAUUAUAGGAAUUGGUCUCCUAGUAUAUGCUGCUAAUCUUAGCACUCGUCAAGAGUUUCUCGGCUCAAUAGGACUUUGCUACACCCUAAAAACUGGAUUAUUUGCUUCUGGUGGCGUUCUAGCACUUCUUGCUUGUAUCCUUGGCAUGUCUUCCUCCUACAGCUUCUCGACCAAUCGCCGUUCAUCAACUCCAGUUCCAUAUCAUGGUGGCAUUGGCAUGGCUAAUUCUCAGUUUGCUAGUGAUGCCUCUACAUACGCCAACCUCAACCCUAAGCAACAACAAUAUGUUUGAAUUAUUUUAUACUUGCAACUAGUUUCUUUGUGGAGCUUAAGAUCAAUAGAAUGCUUUUAACUUUGGAUUGAAAUUUGCAUAAUUUGUAAAUUUGGGGGAAAAAAUUGUAAAUGCAUUGAAUUGUAGAAACAAAAGUUGCUUAACUCUAUCAAGUUGUUUGAUGUCAGUCUCACUCGGAAGGACUACACCGACACAAGAUUGAUUUUAUGCUCUAUCAAUUAUUACAACUUGGAAUAACUAACUAGCUAUGCUCGCCAAAACAUUGUUAUCAAUAUAUUUCAAUAAUAAUUGUUCCUUUGUACAAUGAU